GUGGGGCACGAGAAGCGGAUUGGUCACGUGAAACGGCCAGGGACGAUUGCGGCUUCCCCGUUGGCACGGCAACGCGGCGUUUUCAAUGCACGAACUCGGCGCACCACAACAUUCCGCACCCACGCUCACGGCCACCGCAUCCACUCCGAGGGGCAAUUGCGCUGCAUUUCUGGACGACUAACAUAUCUAGAGCGCAAAUAUGGCGAGCGCUGGCGCGUCGUCCAUCUCGGUCACUGUGCGCGUCCGCCCGUUUACCAUUCGCGAAGCUGCACAGCUCACCAAAACCGACGACUCAACACUGUUCCUCGGAGAAGGCUCGCUUGCCGCUGCACCCACACCGCGGAUAACUUCCAAGGGGGGGAUUCGGCCAGUUAUUAAAGUCCUUGACGAGCGAUGCCUCAUCUUCGAUCCGCCAGAAGACAACCCGGUGCAUAGGGCUGGGCGCUCUUAUGCUCCUCAAGGCAAACGUGUGAAGGACCAGACAUUCGCUUUCGACCGAGUCUUCGACGACACCACCUCGCAGGCCGACAUUUACGAGUCGACCGCAAAGCCCCUGCUCGAUAAUGUCCUCGACGGCUACAAUGCCACCGUCUUCGCCUACGGCGCUACGGGAUGUGGAAAGACGCAUACUAUCACAGGAUCGCCGAGCGACCCUGGCAUCAUCUUUUUGACAAUGCAAGAACUGUUCGAGAAGAUCAACGAGCGAUCAGAGGAGAAGGUCACAGAGGUUACGCUAUCAUACUUGGAAAUAUAUAACGAGACUAUUCGUGAUCUCCUGGUUGAAGGUGGCAGCAAGACUUCUCUGAUGCUGCGAGAAGACUCAAACCAGGCCGUCUCAGUGGCUGGUCUCACCAGUCAUCGACCUGUAGACGUUAAUGAAGUCAUGGAGAUGAUUGUCCGUGGCAACGACCUGCGAACCAUGUCCCCAACCGAAGCCAACGCAACCUCUUCUCGAUCGCACGCCGUACUGCAGAUCAACGUCUCUUCCAAGGAUCGCAACGCCUCCGUCAACGAACCACACACAAUGGCUACCCUGAGCAUCAUCGAUUUGGCAGGUAGCGAACGCGCCAGUGCCACCAAGAAUAGAGGUGCGCGUCUGACCGAGGGUGCAAAUAUCAACAAGUCUCUGCUAGCCCUGGGAAGUUGCAUCAACGCGUUAUGCGACAUGCGAAAACACAACCACAUUCCUUACAGGAACUCCAAGCUCACAAGAUUGCUCAAGUUCUCUCUGGGCGGAAAUUGCAAGACAGUCAUGAUCGUCUGCGUCAGUCCGUCAAGCGUACACUUUGACGAGACACAAAACACUCUACGUUACGCCAAUCGCGCAAAGAACAUCCAGACCAAAGUCACGAAGAACGUUUUUAAUGUGAACCGCCACGUCAAGGAUUAUCUCAAGAAGAUCGACGAGCAAAGGGCGCUGAUCGAGGAGCUAAUGAAGAAGCAGAAGGACUCGGACAGUGUUUCAUUGGCCAAGGUUCAAAAGCAGAACGACAAGAGAGACGGCAUACUGAGGGAUGCGUUUAUACGUCUGCGACAGGCCUACGCUGAUUCAGAGACCGAGCGCAGGGAAAGACUGAACGUUAUGAGAACGCUGAAGCUUACCGAAAAGCGCAUCUCUCUCGUCUCUGCGUGGAUCGCAGCUUUCGAUACGGUCUCCGAGACGCGUGAAAACGAGGAGAUGCCCACACAGAUUACCGCGAUGAGGGAUUCAGCGAUCGGUAUUUCUGCGGAACUCGAGCAAUCUCGGCAACAUCAUCACAGACGGCUCGAGCGAUCAACAUGGGCCUCGAAACUUGACACUGCUCUCAACUUCGGCUUGAGGCAGCUGGCGGAGCUCGACGGGACUGCCGAUGGGCCCGACGCAGCGAACAUCACCAGAGAAUACCAGAUCCUGAAAUCGAACGCCGAACGAGAAGUCCUGAGUGUGCUAUUAGAGCAAGAAAGAGGAGGCGAUGCGGCCACCGUGCAGGUCCUCGUACAAGCGCAUAUCGAGACCGUGGCCAUUCUGAGCCAGAUCACACAGAUGGACGAAGCUCAAGCAGUCGAAACUGCAAGGAAGCUGCUCACUAAAAUCAUGAACGCGUGUACCACUGCGACAGGCCAGGUCAUUCGACCAGACGGCGGCCUUCCUACCACCGAGUUCUUUGCGCCGAGCCACAAAGGCACACCGAAACGACGAAAGCCCGUCGACGUCAUGGGACCUUCUCCGGUCAAAUCAAUCCCUAUGCCAUCUUUUGCAGACGCACCACACCUCACUUCGUCGCCCAUGAAAGCCUCGCCGCGGCGCAAGAAGAUGGUUGCAGUCAAGAAGGGUAUCCAGUUUUCGCCUACGAAAAAGAGACCGACAUCGCCGUCAAAGGCCAAGCGAGGUGUUCGCUGGCGGGAUGAUAACGAGAACGGUACUCUGGCAGACUUCAAGACACCAGAGCAAGCCGAAUCGACACUUACAAGCUCUUCCUUUGAUGUGCCUCCUCCGAUGUUCUCGCCGUACGCCCCAGAGCCUAGGAGCCACGAUGGUGAUUCUUCGCCCAUCCCCGUGCCACCAACGACAUCCUUGGACAUCAAGCCUCGCUCGGCGUCCAGCCGAUUUGCAGCAGGCUUCCUCUCGAAGAAGUCCGAUGGCUCACCGAUGCCUAUCAGGAGCGCCUACAACUCGGACUCAGACACCUCGCCUCUUCGUGAGAUCGGUGCGAAUAUCGUCCGUCCUUCAGCCUUGAACAACGUGGAGCUUGCAUCUGAAGCCGCAGCUUCGGCAAACGACAGCGGCAACAGCUCUGCCGGCGAAGAUGGCUGGUCUGUUGAUCCCACUGAGGCAAAUCAGAUUCGUACAGCCAUUAAACGCCGCUCUUCUACUACAAAAGUCGUGCCAGCGAGGGUACAACGACAUCGGAGCCCUAGUAACACCUCUUCCAGCCCUCCCAACGAGAACAGUAUCUCGGCCAGUGCGGCACGCCGGAUGGUGAAGAACAACCACGAAGGCGAAUGGAAACCCAGCGUCCUGAGCCCACGUUCUGCGCCCAUCGUUAAGGGCGCCGCGCGACGCACGACGGUGGCCGCGUCUGGAGACGACCGGUCUGCAGCUGGCACCCUGAACCGUGCGCCCAUCCGGGUUGUUAGCAACUCCUCAGUGCGAGGCAGUCUCGCAGCCAGCGCAAAGGGUGUCUGGCGCUGACCUCAUUCCGUCUCUCGCGCUAAUGUUCGUCCAGAGAAGUGGACGUUUUGACCUGUCUUUGUUGCUU